AUGACCACUAAUAGUAUAAUCACAAAUGAAAAAUCACCUAUGCUUGGUGAGGAAAAACCAUUGAUUUUUGAUGCAUCCCAUAUGAAGAAUGAGUCCAACAUUCCCACACAAUAUAUAUGGCCAGAUGAUGAGAAACCAUGUGUUGUAGCACAAGAACUUCAUGUUCCCCUUAUUGACUUAAGGGGUUUCUUUUCUGGUGACCCUGCCGCGACCCAACAAGCAUCUAGGCUUGUUGGUGAAGCGUGUAGGAGUCAUGGUUUCUUUCUUGUAGUGAACCACAAAGUUGAUUCUAAUCUCAUCUCCAAAGCCCAUCGUUACAUGGACACGUUUUUUGACAUGCCUCUCUCUCAAAAGCAAAAAGCUCAGAGGAAAAUUGGUGAGCAUUGUGGCUAUGCUAGCAGCUUUACUGGAAGGUUUUCUUCAAAGCUGCCUUGGAAAGAGACACUCUCUUUACGAUACACUGCUAAAGAAAACUCAUCUCACAUAGUUGAAGAGUAUUUCCAAAGGACAUUGGGUGAAAGUUUCAACAAUCUCGGGAAUGUUUAUCAAGAGUAUUGCAAUUCCAUGAAUACACUUUCUCUUAGGAUCAUGGAACUCUUAGGGAUCAGCCUAGGUGUACAGAAGAGCCACUUUAAAGAGUUUUUUGAAGACAAUGAAUCCAUAAUGAGACUCAACUACUAUCCCCCGUGCUUGAAACCAGAGCUCACAUUAGGAACAGGGCCUCACUAUGAUCCAACAUCAUUAACCAUUCUCCAUCAGGAUUGUGUUAGCGGACUCCAGGUUUUUGUGGACAACGAAUGGUACUCCAUCCGUCCAAAUUUCAAUGCUUUUGUGGUUAACAUAGGCGACACAUUUAUGGCGCUAUCGAAUGGUAGAUACAAAAGUUGCUUGCAUAGGGCAGUUGUUAACAACACGACUCCUAGAAAAUCACUAGCUUUCUUUCUUUGUCCAGACAAAGAUAAGGUGGUGAGUCCACCAACUGAAUUGGUGGACUACAACAACCCUCGACUAUAUCCUGACUUCACAUGGCCUGCUCUCCUUGAGUUUACUCAAAAGCAUCAUAGAGCUGAGACAAACACUCUUCAAGCUUUCUCGAUGUGGCUUAAAGAAAAUAAUAUAUAA